ACCUUGGUACCUAGGUAGAAGGCAACAGCACUAACUUGCAGGCACACCGUGAAUGAGCACCCGAACUGAUGGUGCGUUCCCAGAAUUUCAUGCCCAGAAUUGAUUUCAUGUGCAGACUCUUCCAUUGCACGCAGUUUCAUUAUUUGAAUUCACAAGAUCGCGGAUUCAGACCGACUCUUUGAACAAGGCCUGAAUAUUGAGUUGCAUUUCACUCUCGACAACUUCCAUCCGUCCGCUCGCACAUGAAACUUGAGCCCAUGUUCCUCCCCAAUCCUUCGCCCAUCAGGUUGGCAGCCAUAAUCAAGGAUGGAGCCGCCGAGGAAGAAGAGACCUAAAAGGAAUGACGCUCGAAUUAUCUUGCAAUUCGUGCGUUCCAGCCACCAAGCUCCAAUCAUAACCUUGGUCGUUGCUAACUGGCUGGACUGUAUAGGACUACGACUGUUUCUAUGCACAAGUCUUUGAAAACAAGGACGCAAAGCUCAAGAAAUUGCCAUUGGGCGUCAAGCAAAAGAAUUGUCUAGCGACCUGCAACUACAAUGCUCGGGCUCGCGGUCUCACAAAGCUUAUGUCCGUCUCUGAAGCGAAAAGAUUGUGCCCAGAGCUUGUCCUCGUCGACGGCGAGGACCUUACGCCAUUCCGUGAUAUGAGCAAGACCCUAUUCAACUUCUUUAAAACCUUUUCGUGGAAUCACAAAGUUGAACGUCUGGGAUUUGAUGAGGUGUUCAUGGACGUAACUGAUAUCAUUGAGUACAACCUAUCCUGCCUCAACCGAGCAUCCUUGGAAGAGUCUUUCUUUUGCCUUUCCAAAAGUGAUCCUGAACGAGGAUUUCACUGCGAUGUGACGAGCAUUGCCGGAUGUGUUGAAGGCCUAGCCAUUUCCACCCCUGACCUAAACAACCCAGCCUAUAUGCGCCUCAUGUUGGGAUCGCAUUUUGCCCAGUUCCUACGAAAACAGGUGGAAGAAAAAUAUGGGUUUACAUCCACUUGCGGGAUCUCAACUAACAAGAUGCUCAGCAAACUCGUCGGCAGCAAGAAUAAGCCUAGAAACCAAACGACACUAAUGGCUAUUACCGAAGACGAGGUGAUCGCCUUCGUAGACACCCACAAAUUGCGAAGAAUUCCCGGGCUAGGGUUUAAAACUGUUCAGGUACUGGGUACUCAGGCUGGUGCUGACAUGAGUAAAGGUGUAUCCGAGAUUCCAGAGUUGAGUGACAAUCCUGUGACAGUUGCCGAUGUCCGCCUCCACCCUGACAUCUCGCCCGGAGCAAUAGAAAAGCUACUUACAGGGCCCGGGUCAGAGAAAGGGGUAGGUGUACGAAUCUGGAGCUUGCUACAUGGAGUCGAUCCAACUGCUGUUAAGGAAGCCAGCGAUGUGCCAACCCAGAUUAGUAUCGAAGAUACCUAUAAGGGCUUAGAUACUCUGGCACACAUAACAGAAGAGCUACACAAGCUAUCAUGCUCACUCAUUCGAAGAAUGAGGACAGACCUUCUCGUACCUGACGAUGGGGCAGACACUCCAGGGGCACAAAAAUGGAUUGCCCGACCAAAGACAUUGCGAUUAGCGCUCAGGACAUGGGCGUAUCUGCACUCAGCGCAAGGUCAGAAUUACAGUCGCGUCUCUCGAUCUGGGUCCCUACCGCAUUUUAUCUUUGAUUCCAAAGAUGACAUAGCUCAUAUUGCGGAACGGCUUGUUAGUGAAGCCCUGUUGCCACUGCUCCGGCGUCUGUCCCCGGAAAAGGGACAGCGAUGGAAUCUACAGAUGCUCAAUAUCUGCGUGGCAAACAUGGUUGUUGGUGCAGCGGAUGACAAGACGGGAGCAGGCAGGGACAUAUCUGUCAUGUUUAAACGUCAAGACGAAGUGCUGAAGCCCUUUCAAGUGAUGCAAGACAAGCAUGUUGCACAGAGUGAGGAAAUUACACAAACGGUGCCAGAAGGCGACGGUGAAGACGAAGAAGACAAUGACUGGGACAUGGGUGACAAUGCAUUAUGUCCUCUUUGUGGUCAUUGUAUUCCUUUGUUCGCUGUGUCGGCGCAUCAGAGAUAUCAUGAAAUGGAAGGGUCUGAAUAGGUAUGCAGUGUGCCGUGUGCUUUGACCAUGAUCUUUCCCAGGCACAAGUAUGGUCUGUUCUUUGCUUCUUUACUUCUUUGCUUCUAUGCUUUCCCCACUCGUACUAUUAAAGCUUUGAAAGGCGCCAAAAGGAAAUAGAUGUGAUAUUCUUACACAAAGUUUCCAGUUGCAGCGCAUCGAUUUUGCAGCUAUCACGCGGCCUGCCUCAUGCUCACCGAUGGCUCGACCGAAAUACGGUAACACAACCCUCUGAUUUGUACAUCGAUUAGCCACGAUACACCGGGCAGUGAAGCCGAAGGGCUUUGCGUCACACUAGUAGCUCGAUUGUUUUGAGAUGCUCGAUUGAAUGACAAUGUGGCGGGUAUACUUGAUCAUUACAAUAUUGACCUGGAGCCAGGCUCAAAACGUCCACUUUUAUAUAUAUCCGCACUCUUAGUUCAGCGAAUGCUAGGGUCGAUCAUGUCUCUCACUAAGACAUCUUCUUGUCGAUUAACAGCCCAAUAGGUUCUGAACAACCUCCGUCCGGGUUGCGAGUAACACAACGUUGCGGAGUUGCAGCCCCCUUCAUACAGAGGUCAAAGUAUCUUUUGUUGUGCGGUGAUAGUAUUGAUGAAAAGUUUGUUGGAAAGACUCAGGAUAGAAUGAAUUAUUAUAAUAGAAGAUGACAGUAAUAAUCAAAGUGUAAAAGAUGUCGAGUUUCACUGACCU